CUCUUGUCUGUUUUCUGCAGGGACACGGCAGGGCAGGAGCGAUUUCACACCAUCACCACCUCCUACUACAGAGGUGCCAUGGGGAUCAUGCUAGUAUACGACAUCACCAACGCCAAGAGCUUUGAAAACAUCAGCAAGUGGCUCAGAAACAUAGAUGAGCAUGCCAAUGAAGAUGUGGAGAGGAUGCUGUUAGGAAACAAGUGUGACAUGGAAGAUAAAAGAGUUGUCCCUAAAGCAAGAGGCGAACAGAUUGCCAGGGAGCACGGUAUUAGGUUUUUCGAAACUAGCGCAAAAGCAAAUAUAAACAUUGAGAAGGCAUUCCUCACGUUAGCAGAAGACAUUCUCCGAAAGACCCCCGUAAAAGAGCCCAACAGUGAAAAUGUAGAUAUCAGCAGCGGCGGUGGGGUGACGGGCUGGAAGAGCAAGUGUUGCUGAACCUUCUCCUCGCUCACCAAUCGCCAGCCACCGCCCCUUUUUUUCUCGCUGCGAAACAAACCACUCUGCCCGUUUUUAACCUUAAGCCCAUGGGUUUGUUCCUCAUCUUUAACAAGCUCCUGCCUCCCUUUCGUUUUCCCGUUUAGGACAGCUUGCCUACUCUAAUUUUUUUUUUCUCAACGACGUGUAUAGGAAAAAAAAAAAUCAUCUCCGUGACUUCAUUUUAUUUUAUUUUUUAAUGUACCUGCUCAGCUCACCACUACGUUUUGGUUGUAUUAUAGUCCCGUCCCUCCUGACAUUAAACAUAUAGCAAUCAUAUUCAACUCGAUUCUGCAAAUUGUAUAAGAAUAAAAGUUAGAAUUAACAAGUUCUUUUGUACAACAGUGGAAUUUUCUGUCAUGGAUCAUGUGCUUGAGUCACCGUAUUCUCUAGACGCAUCAGCAAAAGAGCCAGGAAAACACUCAUUUUUUUGCCUUGAGUCUGUGAACGGGGUUUAUUUUGUCCUGUGCCUUAUGUGGAAAGGAACUUUUGUUUUCGUUUUUCUUUUUUCUUCUGGUGGAAGCAUGUGCAGGAGACAUUAUACCAUCCGUACUUGACCAUUUUAAAACGCUGAACUCUUUCGUGAUCGCUUUCUGUAACCGUUGGUGUAACGCAUCGAGGACAAAGGGUGGUGCAAAAAAAAAA